AUGUCCCAACUCACCGGUCUCUUCCGUCAAAUUCUAAAGAAAUCAAAUCACCCUAACAUCCUCGUUCACAACAUCCAACUUGAGCGCGCCAAACAGAAGUAUCUCGUGCAAGGACGGUUAGGAGACGGCGGUGACAUAGCGCUAGAGAUUGGACCACCCGAGAAGGAGAGCAAGAAGUUGGACGAUGGUCAGAAUGUUGUUGCUGAGGCUUCAAGUGGGAAGGAACCAGAGGGGACAAUGAUAGAAGAUAAUGAGAAGAAGUUGGAGGAAAAGGAGCAGACUAAAGUGGUUGGAGAAGACGCGGGCGCGGGGAGUGGGACUGAUGGCACGGAUGGGCCCACUGUGUAG